AUGAUGAGCUACUCGACUGCCGGGCCAUCGCGAUAUCCCGCACUGGCGACCACAUCGGAGACCGGCUCGGCGUCGCCCUCGUUCUCGCCUAUCCCCGAGGGACACCCAUCUUGGGCAGCAAAUGGCAAUGGGUACGGAGGGGCCGCGCCGAGCGCCAACGGGCAUGGAGACGGUGGAGAGGGAGGCAGAAAUGGAGAUGCAGGCUCGAAGCGGAAUCCUCUUGUGGAUCUGAUAGACAGCGAGAAGGCCUAUGUCGACCAAUUAGCCCUGGUCAUCCGGCGAGUCGCAGCUGCGUGGUCCCGGAAAGACUUCCCACCACCGAAGCUGGAUUCCAUGUUCAGAUGCGUCGAGGCGGUCUUCAGGGCGAACAGGGGGUUUGGCACCAAGCUGCAGGACAUCGGACCUAGCCCGUCUAGCCCAAAAGCCUUAGGCGACCUGCUGAUGCGAUGGAUUGACGACCUUGAGCCCGCAUACACAAAAUACGCCACUUCCUACCUCACCGGCUUUGACGCUUUUCCACCAAUCCUCAACAACGCCCUUCUCCCCGGCAUACUAUCCGAUAUUUCAGAAAGCACCCCACCUAAUCCACCUCUCGAACAAUGGACGCUCGACGCCCUCUUCCUCCUCCCUUACUCUCGGCUCCGGUACUAUCGAAAGCUCUACGCUCGUCUACUUCGGUCGACCAAAGAGGGGCGAUCAGAUCACAAGUUGCUCUUGGUUGCAAAUCAGCGACUGGAGGCUCUUGUCAUGCAGAUAGAAGGACGGCUAGAAAUGGACGUGGCGGAUGAGGAGGAUGGGCCAGCAAAGUCCCAGUCGGCGCCUGGAAGUACGGGCGAGCGGUCCCGGGAAGCAUCAUGGGCAGAGAGGGAGCAGGGGAUCGAGCGCCAGUCACGGGCGAGCUCGGGGAUGGGGAGUUCGAGAGGGAGUCAAACCAACUCGCGCGUCGAGGAUCGAAGCUCGGCAGGGUCGGUCGCCACGAGCAUGACUCAAAGUCCGCAGCGGCGACCUCCACUGAACGCGCCUGUACCACCAGCGAAAUCACCUCCCACUACUGCGACCAUGCCUCUUUCAGAUCUGGAAUUACGGAUAGAUCCAGAAAGGGCCAUAGACCUGUUCACCAUGUCACCGAAGCGAUGCAAACUUCAGAUGAACCCCUCAUCACUUACCUACACCCGAUCUCUCCGUUCCUCGCAUGACGUGACUAUCCACUUCCACCCAACAUCGACCGGCCAGCCCGUCGUACAUCGUCGCGCGCACGUCUUUAUCCUUACGGACCUCUUCAUCGUAGCGGAGUGGAUGGAAGCGGCGGACAAGGCAGCGAAAGCACAGCAGGUAGCGCGGGAACAGCCUGAGCGAGUAGGGCAGGGCGGGCCGAUGCCGGAGAUGUGGCUGUGUUAUCCACCGCUGGCGGGGAAGCAUCUGAUGGUUGCAGAGGGACAGCAGGCGAACGAGUUGUCCGUGAUGAUAAUGCGAAAGGAGACAUUUGUGCUCCAUGCGGAAAGCGAGAUUGCUCGGGAUGGGCUUGUUAAGGAUCUGCUGGAUUGCAUUGACUUUGCAACGACUGUGACACGCCGGACUACCAAUGCCCCCAUCCCUCCUGUCGCACAAGAUAGCCGCUCACCCUCAUCAUUGUCCGACUCGCGUUCCCACGAAUCGACCUUCCCCCCACUUCGUUAUCCAUCUCCGUUCUCAGCUUCCUCCUCGCCGUCCACCUCCCCACGGCCACCUGACGCGGACAUGACUCCGCCGAGUACGCUAGGAGGGAACGCCCUGGUAAGCCAGAUGAGCAAAAUCAACCUCGAGCCUGGUGAGACGGUGCAGUGGCAACGGCGGCCAAGUCCUCCUCCUAUGGCAGUGUCUUCCUCAUCGGUCGGAUCUGUCCUGCCUCCUCGUGGCGCUUCACUACGGACACGGCAGUCUUCGGCCAACCUCCCGGCGCCUCCACCGCCGCCGCAGCAGAUCAUGGGUCCCCCUCAACUACCCUCACUGCCGUUCUUGCAACAUCAUCCCCGCUCGGAUCCUGCCGUCCAGCAGUAUCCACACGCUGGUUCGGUGCAGAUGCCCAGAUCGCCAUCCGGUCGGUCUGUCGCCUCAGCGCCUCGGAUGGGGAUGGACCAUGACGUCCCGCCAAUCCCGACUAUCCGCGCGCCCGGAUCCCAUCUCUCCGCGGAUUCGCACGGGAUGCUGGGGCAGAACGGUCCUCCUCGAUCCCGUUCGGCAGAACCUCUCCGCCCCAACCUCAAUAUCCAGAUUAACAACCUGGACCCGCUCGCCCCUCCCCGCCGACCCAACGCGGACGGAACCAACGGUCUGACGAUCCAAUCCCCCUCCGCCCGCUUCUCCUCCUUCCCCACGCUCGAGCAGAAGAAUAACGACGACCCCUCCCCGCCCUCCUCGCCCGUCGAAGAGGACGUCGCGACACUCACCGGUCCCGCGCUCAUCUCGGCGCAAAUGAAGUGCAAGGUGUUCCUGCAGCAGGCGCACUCGCAGUGGAAAUCACUCGGCGCGGGCAAGCUCAAGUUGUACAAGCAAAAAGAAGGGAACGUGAAGCAGCUGGUGGUGGAGAGUGAUAGUGGAAAGAAGGGGACGAUUCUGAUCAGUACGAUCGUGUUGACAGAUGGGGUGGAAAGGGUGGCCAAGACGGGAGUGGCGGUCGAGGUGUCGGAUAAGGGGCAGCGGACGGGGAUCAUCUACAUGAUCCAGCUGAGGAAUGAGAACUCAGCGAUGGGGCUGUUUGAGAGUCUGUUGGUGGGGAGUGAUAGGGCGGUCAACCGGUAG